AUGGAGACACAAUUGAAUGUUUUACUCUUGGAGAUUUGUGGGAUUGCUAUGAGGAAUGGAGUGUAUAUGGCAAACCAAAAAGAGAAUGAAGAUGUUGCCAAGGCCAGUAUUGAGGGGGAGAAAACAGAUGAGUCCUCAAGCAAGGAGAGGGAUGGCAUUUCCAUAGAGAAAAACAAGGAUUGUUGUGAUGAUAAGCCUUCUUCAGAGGCAGAACAACAUGGACAUCUCUACUUUCAGUUUUGUGAUACAAUUGCUGAAUUUGCAGAAGUGCAUCCUGGGCUCUUCACAUUGAAAACUGCUGACUUGUCUCCUGCAAGUUGGAUUUCAAUUGCUUGGUACCCUAUUUAUCAAAUUCCAACAAAGGGUAGUCACAAGGAUCGUCUGUCAACUUGCUUCCUUACCUAUCAUGCUCUCUCAUCAUCAUCUAUUCGAGGUGGAGUGAAUUCGGAUAAGGAUGGGAACAAGAAAGGGAAGAAAGUUUUGGAAAUGGUGAAAGGAGAAGAAGGAAACAACUAUACUAAAAAGAGUGGGGAUGUUCUUUAUCCAUAUCCAUUUGGGAUGGCUACAUAUAGAUUGGAUGAUGAGAUUUGGAUAAAUGGAAAUACUUUUGAUGACUAUGAGAGAAUCAUUGACCUCUACAAUGCCGCAGAGUGUUGGUUGAAGCGACUCAACGUUUGGCAUCAUGACUUUAACUUCUUUACUUCAAAAUUAAGUCUCCAGGGAUUCUCCAUAUAA